AUGGCUGGCAGCGCUUACUACACUAUUGCCGGCAAGCAGGUUGCCGGCCAAUACCUGGCUAUCGGCUGGUUGGCCACCAUGUUCGGCGGAGUCACGUACGCCAUGUCUGGCAGCUCCGCCAAGCCCACCGCUACUGCUACUCCUCCCAUCAACGCCUCCAGCUCCGACGAGGCCGACUUCAUCAAGGACUUCCUUGCUCAAGAGGACAAGAAGAAAUAG